AUGACUUCAAGUAAGUCAAACCACGCCAGCAUCGGCUGUGCUCCUACUGUUACUACUCCUCCUCCUUCUCCUCCUCCCUCUUCCACUACCACUGCUACCCCUGGAGCGACGAUCGACAGUCAAGGCCUCGAUGCGCACAGGCAAGACAACGACGAAAUCAACAAGCCCCAAACCCAACUCGUAGUCGGCGUGCGGGAACCUGCAUUCCGGCCUACCGGUGCUAAGUCGGCGCUUGACAGAAUCGAGGCUACCGCUGCUGGCAGUGCUGGUCCAAUGGCCAGCUCUGAGCCUGCGCUCAUGCCUCCGUCGACUAGCAAUGGCGGCCUCGGGAAGAAGCCGUCCAGGCUCAACCGCCUGUCGUCAUUCUUCCUCCCAUCACUAACAACCACUUCCUCUUCAGAACCGCCAACGGUACCGGCUGUCCACCGAAAGCCAAUACCUACCGAUUCGCCCAUCAAAGAGAAGCACUCGAGUUCCUCUGACUGGGAGUCCAUAGUGCGCAACCGCUUGGACCCAGCCAAUUCCGACUCGUCAACUCUGAGCGGAUCGCUCUCUGUAGACGGGAAGAAAUCAACCAGCACAAAGUCCUCUCAAGAAUCUGCGCCGGUCAAGAUGGGCAAGCUACAAAAGAGCUCGCAGGCCCCUCCAGCGCCCACCAAAGCGCCGCCGCUGCCGCCUCGAACCGCCGACGGGCUUAUUACGCCUACAGACAACUCAUUCCAGUUCUCGGAGUCGAAGGUGUCGCCCAAGCUAACAAAGCAACCGCCGCCCCUGCAGAGACCACGAAGCAGCUCACAUGGCGGUCCAGCUUCCCCUCCCCGCCAGGACGGGCUGGCGUCUGCGGGGCUUGCACCGUCUCCCAUCGAGCCAAGAGGCAGGAGUUCCUCGGCACAGCCGCCUAGUAACAGGCUCGAGCCGGCAGCCGGAAACCGUAUCAUUUCGGCGUCAGCAGCGCUCGAAUCGCGGCCUGCCUCCAGCCACGCAAGCAGUCAAAGCCCCACGCGGGAGAAUGAGAAACGGGGUAGGCUACGACGCUCUUGGUUCCCAGGCAGCAGGUCGAGAUCAAAUUCUCAGGAUAUGCGGGGUGUAAAGGGCUCAGGAGCGUGGACACUCGGGCCCAACAAGGCUGACUACAACACUUCUUUCCUCGAGAAGGGCGAGCGCGUCCCCGAGCUGUGGAAUGAGAGUGGCAGCGUGCUGGUAUACCUACACCCAAAGGGCAGCGGGAAGGGUCCCUCUUUCAAAGUGAUGCCAUUCGUUACGGACUACUCGCUUGUCUUCCAAGAUCUGAUCGAGGCUGAACUCAAUUCGCCAACGAGCUCGGGCAGAUCCCGGACUCGCAGUUUCACAGGCCGUGACAGCUUGGCUGCCGCUGACGCAGAUCGUCCGCCGCCAUCCCCCGAGUCACCUCCCCUAGCCGUCGAUGAGAAUUCGGGAGAUUCCAGGCUGUAUUUGCCAACUUCCCUGGAUGGCUCGGAGCCGACUGGCAAGAAAGCAUUACCCGACGUAGAGCGCUUAGUAUCAAUUCGGAAUAUGUUUGCGUUGCUGACUGGGCAGCCCUUGGUUGGAACCAAGUCGCAGCCCACUAUCUUUGCGGCUGUUAUGAAGGUGUCUGGUCUGUUAUCAGAGUUUGAGUUCACAGACGUCGAAGGCUCGACCUUUGGGGACGCAGUCAACAUGAGUUUUGGCUUCUUCAUGGACCAGAUGGCCGUCGCAGAUGUCAGAUACUCCAGAGAGAAGACGCUGGAGGCUCUGUUGCUUGGUGAGCGAAUGCGAUCGUGGGACCUGUACAACGAAGCUUUCGCACACGCAGCUGGCAAAUACUCAGCAUUACGCGAAUUGAAGUCGCCCCUGUGGGACGAUGUAUCUACACACACGCGCGAGAGACUAGAACGCGGUCAUCUGGAACUCCUGGAUCGCCAGAACAACGUCAACAACCGACUCGAGAACUUUGAGUUCCCAGCAUUGUUCUCGGGAACGGCCAAUUCGGUUUCCAUGUACAAGGACGUCAAGUUUGGCCGAUGGAAGUCGUCUUUCGGCCGCAUGAGAUCUUUCGUCCUCGGGUACUACAAGAGCAACUUUGGCAGUUGGCCGCCAAAAGCCCGCAGCAAGAAAAACCCGUUCACGGAAAGCGGACUGAACCGACAAGUUCUGAAGUUUCUGUAUUCCGAUCUCUGCGCCCUCUACGAUCUGCUUGUCGAUCGGCGUUCUGUGACCACUCGCUCAGUGUUCGAAGACAACGCGGACGAAGAUGAGGGGGCCGUCACGGCGUUGCGCAGGAUUCUGACCGAGUUCGACCAGUCUUCACCCCCAGUAUUACCGCCCAUCCCCUACGAUAUUCCUAUGUUGCCCUCCUUCAAAUCAGUCAAGGAGAACUACUAUGACUUGCCGAUGAAGGAGCAAAGGAAGCUCGACAGCAAUUACCAGGAGCACGAGUUUCUGCUCAUCCUGAACAAAUCUUACGACUUUGAAACCCUCAAGCUAAAGCUUCCGUUCGUCGAGGCUUUCCAAGAAUUCGAGUUGAAGGAAGCCAAGGGAAAACCUAUCAGUGAGAUAGCUGACCAGAGGCUCGGCUACUGGUUAUUCCUCUACGUCGUUAUUCAGUCACUCCCUAUGCUGGUGGUCGACGCCCCUGGUCUUCAGUUCACUGAGGGUGUUGAGUAUUUCCUCUGCCAGGCGCCCAAGGGCCAACCCCCGUGGGUGCCCGAAGCAACUGAGGUCCGCAAGAGAUGGUACCAGGUUGCAGGUGGCAAUGGCUACGUGGAACUCAGUGAAGACACUGUUGAGUUCUCCAUCGAGGGCAUCUAUCACAGGAGUCACUGCUGGGUUGCAGCCAAACAAUGGGAGGCUGGCCUAGGGGGCCCAAUAUCAGAGCCUCAGGACCUCUUACCUCCAUUACAGGCACCGCAGUCGGUGUUCACCGACAUGGAUCCGGGUGUGUCUCUGAGUCCCAAGCUGAUGCCAGACCGUAGUGAGUCACCGCAAGGAUCCGCACCCGGCAUGGCCUUGAGACCAAGGGGAGGCUCUCCAGCAGGCAACAGGCAGAGUUACCGUUCAAGCGUUGCCAUGGGCCUUGAACCUGUCAACAUGCCCGGCGACGUACCAGACCGGCGUGGCUCUCGAGUCUUCAGCGCAAGAAGCGGAUCCCUCGGCCCUCGGCCCUCGAGUGCCAUGAUGGGCAGGAGGAGAUCAUCUGGCAACAUGAUCGGCAUGAGCUCGCCCGUUCACGCAAAUCCAGAGUCGAGGGCAAGCUCCCGACAAGACUCGCCCGGCGGAAGCACCUUUGACGACAUCCUCAAAGACAUGGACAACAAGCCAAAGAAGAAGAAGAAUUUCUUUGGAUAA